AUGGUGGACAAGCCGAGCCGGGCGCUGGUGCUGUAUGCCGCCGGCCACGCAGCGCUGCUCGCCGGGGGCAGAGGGGGGAAGGUCCAGCUCGACGCGUACGCCUCCAUAGCCUCAUGCGGCUUCCUCUCCGUCUGCACCCCCGCGGUCAACGGAACUGAGGAUUUUGCCGCCCAGUCAGGUUCUGGCAGCAGUUCUAAGGACACUAGAAUAAUCGACCAGGCGUUCACUCUGCUGGGAUUUGCAGAGGGGAAUGUCCAGGAUGCGUCCGAAUUCGAUCUGAUGUUUGUGCAUGCCGUAAUGGAGAACACAGCCAGCAAGCUUGGGAAAUUAGGGAUGAAGACGGAUCUCAACCGGGUUGACAAAUUGGUGUCUUCAGUCAUGGAAGCUGCGCCGGUCGGUUCAACUGUCGCUGCCCGUAUUCAUGUUUCUGUUAUCUUGAGCUAUGGAUCUGCUACUGCAAAUAAGGAAGAGGCAUGCCUCAUCUUGAACUCUUCAACCGAAACUGAUUCCGGCUUGAAGUUACUCCGUCCACAAAUAACUUUAUUAUGCAUAUCCUGCAGGAAUCAUCAUCCAAUGCUACUGGCACAGUGGCAACAAGGAGUAACACGUUCUGAUUUGGCCAAGGAGUUCUCUAUUGAGGAAUUUAUAAAGGCUUGUGGUGGCGACGCUGACGGUCGUCAAGAGGUUCGUGGACUGGAUGGUGUCGUGGCUGCCGAUGGAUUCCUUCAUUCGCUGGUGGUGAGGCACGAGCACGACAUCGAUCGAGGCCUGCUGGAGCUGAGGGUCAGGGCGAGGGACGUGACGGCAUCACAACUCAAGGCAGCGGCCGCCGUCGGUAAGGUGUGGCUCGCAAGGCUGCUCGGUGUGUUUCGUCGCAGCUGCAGGCCUCGUGAUCAGGCCGGGCCACGUGAUCAGGCCGGGCAGGCUUCGCACAUUGACUAG